UCGCCUGAGUGUGUCAGUCGCGCGCGGGUCGCAUCCCUGAAGGAGGCUUUGGACGGAGCUCCUCGUGAGGGGACCUUCCUCAGCCAGGGUUUGGUUCUCUCUCGUGGGGAUUGCCACGCGUGUUUCCUCCUUGUCCACGCGGUAAAAAGAAAGGAAGACGGCGAAAGGAAAGGAAAACCCGCCCGAAGGCAAGGCAGAGAGGCUUCUGCAGGGAGAUCUUUGCAGGCAUAAAGUGGGCACAUGCCUUUGUAUGUCACGAAGGAUACUGGCCAACGCAAGCAAUGCAAUUCUGCAGAAACAUCAGGAGAGAACUAUCUGGCUGAUGGCUGCAAUAAAUCGUCUUUUAGAGCUGCCAACAUCUACGUUUUGGAUGGAGAAUCCCAUCACCAUAAUCAGUCUCUGUCUGCCUCUUGGCACCACAAAAUUGCGUCCCUUCUGUGGGACUGUUCAGGUCUCAUGUGGCAGCAAUUGAAAGGGUGGUUGUUUUGGUCGAACAGGUGGCUUUCUGCUCCACUUGAUUCCUGUAAACUUCUUGGGAAAGAUAUCUGCAACGUGAAGGUUUGCAUUCAGCUUCUUCCAUUGGAAGCUGGUACGGAAAAGGUUCUUCCAUUUGUAAUACUGGCUUCUUCGGUCUUCACGGGAGCAAGACGCUUCUGUCAUCAUGGCGGAGGAAGAUCUUAUCUUUCACAUCGAAUGCCUCGACAACACCAAGUUAGCAAAGGCUGUUCCUGGGAGUUAUCAUGAUGCUGAUAGUGAGGAGGAAGAUAACUAUUAUAUCUGCUCAAUAACAGAUGAUCACAACCCUGCCUUGAAUAAGGCAGGGAAUGACAAAGUCAACAGCUAUUACAGCAACUUGGUCAAAAGCGAGCAGUUUUCAUCCAGUGCUUCUCCUCGAAAUUCUUUCAAUUUCAAGAAUGGCACUCAGCGGCUUUCUAAGCAUGGCUCUGUGGCUGACCAUAGCCUGGAAGCCUGGAAGCACGCCAUUGAGAAAGCCAAGCACAUGCCAGACCCCUGGGCAGAAUUUCACCUGGAGGAGAUUGAAACUGAACAUGCCACGCGUUACAGAUAUAAUGCUGUGACUGGGGAAUGGAUCGAGGACGAGGUUCUGAUCAAAAUGGCUUCACAGCCUUUUGGCCGAGGAGCCAUGCGGGAAUGCUUCAGAACGAAAAAGCUAUCCAAUUUUUUGCACACUCAGAACUGGAAAGGUGCCUUUAACUAUGUGGCCAAGCGAUACAUUGAAACGGUGAACAGGGAUGUCUACUUUGAGGAUGUGAGACUCCAAAUGGAGGCCAAGUUGUGGGGAGAGGAGUAUAACCGGCACAAACCCCCCAAACAGGUGGACAUUGUUCAGACCUGCAUCAUCGAAAUGAAGAACAGACCUGGCAAACCUCUAUUUCACUUGGAACAUUAUAUUGAAGGCAAAUACAUCAAAUACAACUCAAACUCAGGAUUUGUACGCGAUGACAACAUCCGCCUCACUCCACAGGCUUUUAGCCAUUUCACGUUUGAACGCUCAGGGCACCAGCUCAUCGUCGUCGACAUCCAAGGCGUUGGAGACCUUUACACCGACCCUCAGAUUCACACAGAGAGUGGCACCGACUUCGGGGAUGGCAACCUUGGUGUUCGGGGUAUGGCCUUGUUCUUCCAUUCUCAUUCCUGCAACAAGAUUUGCAAAAGCAUGGGAUUGACCCCGUUUGACCUCGCCGCCAAAGAGAAAGAUGCCUUAGUUCAAAGUAAUAAAAAGCUUGAAUUUGCUCAGACUGUUGUGCGAGGCACAGAAGAGAAAUGUGGCAGCAACCGGGUCAGAACCAUUUCCGGCAGUCGGCCUCCUCUGCUUUUCCGAUUGUCUGAAAACUCUGGGGAUGAGAGCAUGAGCGACAUGGCCUUCGACUCCUGGCCCUCGUCUCCAUCUUCGGCAACACCCCAUAGCCACAAAAACGAGAACCUCCAUUGGCCUGUAUUCAAUGAAGUUGACAACUUGGUUCAUAAUGAUCAUGAAGGACUUGACAAUCAAAGAGACUGUGAAAACGGAGGUGACAGUGGAUACCCAAGUGAAAAGAGGAGUGAACACGAAGAUAUGGAUCACAAAGUGCAUUCCAACUGUAACCGAAGACAUGAAAGUGACGAAGACAGUUUGGGCAGUUCUGCAAGGGUCAGUGUGGAGAAGUGGAAUCUCUUCAACGCGGCCAGAGUCCACAUCCACAGACCCUCCUGUGUUGCAGUGGAAGUGCAGAGGCUCAACGCCUUGGAGCUGGAGAAGAAAAUUGGGAAAUCCAUCCUUGGGAAGGUUCAUUUGGCCAUGGUUCGAUACCAUGAAGCUGGCCGUUUCUGCGGGAAAGACCAGGAGUGGGAUGAAGAGUCUGCGAUUUUCCACCUGGAGCACGCAGCGGACUGCGGAGAGCUGGAAGCUAUUGUGGGACUAGGGCUCAUGUGUUCUCAGCUGCCACACCACAUUCUCUCUGAGGUCACUCUCAAGGACACAAAGGAAAAUAGAAUCAAAGGAUUUGAUUAUUUAUGCCGAGCAGCAGCAGCUGGAGACCGUCCUGCCAUGAUCCUUGUUGCAAGAGCAUAUGAUACAGGCCUAAGUCUUGCUCCUGACAGAGAGCGAGAUUGGAAGGAAGCCCUGUAUUGGUACAAUGCGGCAUUAAACAUGACCGAUUAUGACGAAGGAGGGGAAUACGAUGGGACGCAGGAUGAGCCCCACUACCUCCUCUUGGCAAGAGAGGCAGAGAUGCUGAUGAGCGGAGGGUUCAACCUGGACAAGGAUCCACAGAGAUCGGGUGAGCUGUACACCGAAGCUGCUGAAGCUGCGAUGCAAGCCAUGAAGGGCCGUCUGGCCAACCAAUAUUACCAGAAAGCGGAAGAAGCCUGGGCCAUGAUGGAGGAGUGACACUUGAAAAGAGCCUGUUUACUUGUAUAUAUAUCAGAUAGAUAUUUUUAAAAGACUUAUUUGGUUUGGAGCAAAAGGGGGGGGGGAGAGAAGAGAAAAUAAUCUUUUUGUAUGUGUUGUUAACUUGUGUUUUUCAUAUGACGAUUUUUCUAACUGUUUCAACUGAGAGACAAACAGAAACGGCAAACUGUACUGUUAAUGGCAUUUCAGAGAUGCAGUCUUAACUGAUACUUUUGUAAAUUGUCCAUCCAGGGAAAUCAAUUAUCUUCACUUGGAAGAAAAAAAGUGUACAUUGCAUCUUUGUGGUAAAUGGCAUCUCUGUCUUCCAUCCCAGCCUUGCUGUGUUACAAAUGCAGAUCUUCUGCAUUAUGCCUUUUUUGAUACAAGUGCAUGCAACUCUGUGGGAAUUCACUUGUCCAGUAGAGAAUACGGCAUGAGCUGGAUGUGAGGUUUUCUGGAAGUAGGAACACUUCUUUGCUUUUUCUUUGAAGUAGCUUCAUUUUUCACUCUUCCUCCAAGAAUUACAUAGAUGUAGUGCUCUCUUUAUCUGCCCAACUAGAUGGUAAAGAUGGUAAAACAUCAAAACAUCUGAGCAUCCCCUGGGCAAUGUCCUUGCAAAUGGCCAAUUCUCUCACACCAGAAAAACCCACAUCGGUAUUUGUAUUUGAAAUAUUCUGUUUGUUUUCCUAUUAGAUGUCAACCUGCUGGGAUUUUGGUCAGAUCAUGGAGACAAAGAGCAAAUAUCAUUUUCAAAAUCCUCUGUGUUGACCUGUAUUCCAGAAAAUAAGUAAACACAGAAAGAUAAUGUUUAUCUUUCGGGUGCUCAUGGGAAGAAAAAUGGAAAGUUGGUAGGAAUUAAUGCAAGUGUAGCAAAUAAUAUGUUUGUGCAGCAAGGCUGCUAUCAUUCAAUAGUAUCGUAUAGUUGCUGCUAAACCAGAGUUCUUUAACACUGCUAAGGCCUUUGCAUAGUUCAAUGGAAUUAAUGGGAAAUUCAAUAUUGUUCAAUAGGUAGCAUAUCUUCAUUAACACCUUUGCUUCAACAAAGAUAUUUUGCACUUCUAGUUAAAUGUUUAUGUCUUGUAGAUUUAUCAAUUGUUCCUCCUUGUUCGGUGCUAUUAGGUAGUUAGGAAUUAAUUGUCCCACCAAUUUCCCCUUAUUUUUAUUAGAUACUGUCCUCCUUGGAUGUGAACGAUUUUACAUAUUGGUUUUCUCAUGCUCGGUUUUAUGUAUAUUAUUGUAGCAAAAUACUAUAGUUUAAGGUCAAGGAAAAAAAUUUAAACUGCUGCUACCAUCAUACUUCAAGAAAGAAAGUCAGCAAAAAACAGACGAAUUGAGAUGUUAUUCAUGAGUAACCUAGCUGAACAGAUAACAGACUGCAAACAAGGAAGCUUUUCCUUAAAGACACAUUAGCCCUUAAAACAUUAUUAUUAUGCUAUGAACACCAACAAUGGUUAGCAGUGCAUUAUACUAAACAUAUCCUCAUAUAACAUUGGGAAACAUAUGAGGACAACACAGAAGAUGUUGGAUUGUAUGUUAAAAUUGCCAAUUCUGUUUGCAAAUACAGUAGAGUCUCACUUAUCCAAGCUAAACGGGCCAGCAGAAGCUUGGAUAAGCGAAUAUCUUGGAUAAUAAGGAGGGAUUAAGGAAAAGCCUAUUAAACAUCAAAUUAGGUUAUGAUUUUACAAAUUAAGCACCAAAACAUCAUGUUAUACAACAAAUUUGACAGAAAAAGUAGUUCAAUACGCAGUAAUGUUAAGUUGUAAUUACUGUAUUUACAACUUUAGCACCAAAAUAUCAUGAUAUAUUGAAAACAUUGACUACAAAAAUGGCUUGGAUUAUCCAGAAGCUUGGAUAAGCGAGGCUUGGAUAAGUGAGACUCUACUGUACUUGGAAGUUGGGUCCAUUGAGAGUAUAGGGAUGCAACUCUUCUGAUCACAUUCUGCAAGAGAGUACUGUAGUCUUGCUUGCUUGUCUAUGCAAUUAAGCCUUCUGCUUCCAUAAUAGCAUUUUUAAAAAUCUGUUUGUGCUAGUGACAUCUCUGUUCCCAUGAGGAUACAUUGUCCUAUGUGCUGUUGAAUGGAUAACUACUACAAAUGGACAGACAGCUCAAUGAAAAAUGCCAGAAUCUCUGUCCCCUUCUACACUACAUUAUAUGGUCAGUGUAGAUUAGGCCUGGGCAAACUUUAGCCCUUGAGGUGUUUUGGACUUCAACUCCCAUAAUUCCUAACAGCUGGUAGUGAUGUGGUUCAUUUGUAACAGCACCACUUUGUGGUCACAAGUGACUGCUCACACAAUUGAAUGUUCCUCCGUGCAAACCUAUCCCUCAGAUGGGAAAAAGGAGAUGUCAAUUUACGCUGCAGACUUUUCAUUGAUUGCAUCCAUAGCUUUGUGCAGAUUUCUCUUGGUCUUGCUAGACUUCAGUGAACCUGGAAUAUGCCAAACUCUAUUUUUUGCUCCCAGUGCUUCCUUUUCAGGCCUUUUGGAAGUCUUAUUUGUGCAGUAAGAGCCACGGAGGGAGGCUGAUUGCCAUCCAUAAGUCGUACCCAACACUUGUGAGCUCCUUACAGAUUUGCCACACUCUUUGCAAAGGAUCGAAACCUCACCAACCCAAAAGGCUUGAGUUCCUGUAUGAUGUUUACAUUAUCCUGUGCAAGGGAGGAAGCACAAAAAUGCUGUGAUGGGUACAUUUUCAAUAAAGAGAGCAAAAUGAAA